AUGGUCUUUUCACCUACGAAUGCAAGUCGUUGCGCGACUACGACGUUUGCCGCGACAACUAUUCUAGGGGCCGAGUUUCUAUCUUGGGAGGCAAAUAUUGUUACCAAUUAUUCCUUCAACGUUCCGAAAGGAUGGACGUAUUCGCAGCCAGCUCUGGAUGUUCAGAAUGCCACGUUUUGCAACGUCACUGUCACCUACACGCACACCGGUCAGAACGAUACGCUGAACGUUGAGGCAUGGCUUCCGACGGAGGAAAAUUAUAAUGGGAGAUUGCAAUCUGUCGGUGGAGGUGGCUGGACACCUGGCCGCUUCAUUCUGAGCUAUUCAGCCAUGAUCAACGCCGUGGCAGGCGGUUACGCGACGGUCACUACCGAUGCCGGCAUUCCCACUACUCAAAGUCCGAUCGAUUGGUUGUUGACCAGCCCCGGAAACCUCGAUACGACUUCGUUGCAAAACUUUGGACAGGUUGCUCUCAAAGACGAGGCCAUUAUUGCAAAACAGUUGAUCGCAGCCUUCUACGGCAAAGAGCCCGAGUACUCCUACUGGAACGGUUGCUCCCAAGGUGGUCGUCAAGGCCUUAAGGUUGCGCAGCAGUACGAGGAUAUUUACGACGGCAUCAUGUCUGCUGCGCCCGCAAUUAACUGGGCGGAGUUCUACAUCAACUCCAUCUGGCCCAGCUUCUACAUGGAGAAGACGCAGCAAUUCCCCCGCGACUGUGAGCUGAAUGAAAUUACCUCGCUUGCUAUUCACGCUUGCGACGAGUUGGAUGGCGUAAAGGAUGGGCUUAUCAGCGAUCCCGAAGCUUGCCGAGAGAAGUUUAAUGUUUUCGAACAUGUCGGGGAAUCGUUCAGAUGCUCCAGCUCCAACUCAACGCUCACCAUCAGCCAGGCUGCUGCCUCAGUGGCCAACGCGUCCUGGACUGGACCUCGCUUCUCUAAUGGAAGAUUCAUGUAUGACGGCUAUGAGAUUGGCAGCGAUCUACCAACAAUCGCCCCGACGAGCUGCAGUGGUGAAGUCUGCACGAGCGCCGGCCUUCCAAACAUUCUCUUCGCUUGGCAAGCCUUUGUCGCCAAAGAUGCCAAUGCUACAUUGCCGAACAUUACGGAUAGAACUUUUGACACCAUUUACCGAGCAGUCAAGUUGGUCUUCGCGUCAAACCUCGAGACUGACGAGGUGGAUUUGCGAGACUUCCGGGACGCUGGUGGUAAACUCAUGACAUACCACGGACUUGCGGACCAGAGCAUUUCGCCCGGAGGUACUCUACGUUACUAUAACAAGGUGGCUGACUUCGUGGGCAACGUCACAUCCUUUUAUAAAUACUACCGCGUGCCUGGGCUUGGACACUGCUGGGGGGGUAAUGGCGGCCAACCGGAGGCAAUCUUCUCACAGCUCAGAGCCUGGGUUGAGAACGGAACGGAACCGCAGUCUUCUCCUGUCGUCGUGACGAGGUCUGAUAAUACGACGCAACAGCAGGUACUCUGCCCUUAUCCACAAAAGGCGAUUUUCGAUGCCUCUUGCAACAUCGCCAACUCAACUACUUGUUGGUCUUGUUCGGAGGGAACACCCUAA